AUGGUAUCCACUCCAGAACUGAAGAAAUAUAUGGAUAAGAAGAUUAUCGUUCAAUUGAAUGGUACAAAAAAAAUAGCAGGCGUCCUUCGAGGUUAUGAUAUAUUCCUUAACAUAGUGGUAGAUGAUGCCAUUGAAAUAGUAUCACCAAAUAAUAACAUUCCCCUUGGAGUACAAACAGUAAUAAGAGGUAACUCCAUACGAUCGAUAGAGGCUUUGGAUACUGUAGUAUAG